AUGUUUAAAGAGGAACAGCCUUUAGCUCUCUCUCUCUCUCCAUCCUUUGUCGAUAAUCACAUUUUACCUGCCCCUGGACCACCGGCGAGGUCCGAAACCGGGCGGGCGGACGCCACGGCCGAGGAGCCGAGGGCGGCCGAGGACAGACCCUGCCCCGCCGCGGCCGCCUAUUGUUCCCGACGGAGGCCAGGCCGCGGCCGCCCGGCUCCCCACGCCGCCGCCGCCGCCGCCGCCGCCUGCCGCUCGCUCACCGCGCUGGUCCGAGCAGUAGCUCCUCUCAGCUCCGAGUCCCCGCGGCUGUCGCCACCGCCGGGGCAGCCACCGCUGCCGCCGCUGCCACCGUCGACUCUGACUCUGUCCCAGGCCGCCGGGCCACGGCCGCCGCCGCCACCACCAGCGCCGCCUCCGGCCCCCCACCUGCUGCUGAGGCUGCUCCUGCAGCAGGGGCCAUCUUGUUGGUCUGCCUCCUCUUCCUCCUCCUCCUCCUCCUCUUCCUCCGCCCCGUCGCUCGUUGUCCUCGUCCCCUUCCUCUUCCUCGGGCUCCGGCCCGCCCCAGAGACUGGGGCGGAGACGAGGGCGAGGCUCCUCCUUCCGGGGGCGGGUCAAGCGGAGGGGGCGGGGCGGGCGCGGGAGCAAAGCUCUGAGUCACCCGCCACCAACGCCGUGGAGGGAGGGCGGCGUCGCUCCCCGCCUGGACCCGGCGCGCACCCACGCCCUGAGCCGAAGAACUGGCCCCCCCAGCGCCUCGGCGUCCCGCGGGCAAGUGGCCAGACGGCGAGGGUCUGGCCAAGAGAAGAGAUUUUGCUGUCCUGUCCUUUCUUUCCUGCAUACAUCCCCAACACCAAGAGAAGUACUAUAUUUAGAGAAGCUUCUGUUUUUAAGCUGAUAAAUUCAAUUACUGUAACAGCCAAUGUUUUUAUAUUAUUUGUAAAUAAUAUAUCACACACCUUCCUAAAUUCUGAGCAGAGAACAGUUCUUUUUAGUUGCUAACACCGUCCUGCUAGUCAAAUUUCAGCUUCUUUCUAGAAGACCUAUUGAUGCCUUUAUACUGAUUGGAAUUAAGUCUCUUUGAAGUGGGCUGAAUCAGUAA